GGCUGCGCGAAGAAGGAAACAUGGCGGCUGAGGGAGAUGUGGAUCUGGAUCUGGAGGCUGAGGAGAACUGUACGGGAAAACCGACAGAAAAGCCGAGAAAACAUGACAGUGGGGCUGCUGAUUUAGAAAAGGUUACCGACUAUGCGGAGGAAAAAGAAAUAUCCAGCUCAAAUUUGGAAACGGCCAUGUCCGUGAUUGGAGACAGAAGAUCCAGAGAACAGAAGGCAAAACAAGAAAGAGAAAAAGAGCUGGCCAAAGUAACAAUAAAGAAAGAAGACGUGGAGCUCAUAAUGGGAGAGAUGGAGAUUCCCAGAGCAGUGGCGGAGCGCAGUCUGAGAGAACACAUGGGGAAUGUGGUGGAGGCUCUGAUCGCACUCACCAACUGAGGAGAUUGAUAGUUUUGAGCUGUAUAUGGACACAUUGGACUGCCUUUUUUCUGCUUGUGAUGACCUUACCUUUUCCACACUGUACUUAUUCUGUAAUAAAGGAACCAUUUUUUUAACAGCCCUCAACAGUUCAACUUAGCCCUCUUCAUGCUUUAGAUUAUCCAACCUCCCAAUGCGCUCAGCGUCACAGUAAUUUAUUACCAUAAAACAACAACUAAAAGUACACUUUUUUUUCUUUUAGAAAGUGAAACAAAAGCCUCAAUUCUGUACACGCAAUCAAACAUUAUCUAGAUGUACUGGAUUUCAACUGCAAUAAACAUCUGAUGUCUUUGUUA